ACACACACACACACACACACACACACACACACACCCUCCAGUUCAGGGUAAACACAUGCUGUGAUUAAUGUAUGAAUCACAGUUCUGCUGAGUGCCAGACAAACUGUGUGUCUGUGUGUCUGUGUGUUUGUGUGUGUGUGUGUGUGUGUGUGUGUGUGUGUGAACCUGUCCUCUAAUGAAUCUCACAGCAUGAGCACUUUACACCAACAAUGAGUGUGUGUGUGUGUGUGUGUGUGUGUGUGUGUGUGUGUGUGUGUGUGUGUGUGUGUGUGUGUGUGUGUGUGUGUGUGUGUGUGUGUGUGUGUGUGUGUGUGUGUGUGUGUGUGUGUGUGUGUGUGUUUUACCGCAGUGAGCAGAGAACAAGCAGCAAGAAGAGAUGAGAGAAUGAGAAUGAAGGAAAUAUUUUGAGAGAUAAAACAAAAAGAGGAAAUAAAAGGAUUUAUUAAUAUUGGGAUUUCACCUGUACUUCAUCACCAUAAACAUCACCAUCAUCAUCAUCAUCAUCAUCAUCCUCACCCUUGCUCUUAUUACUAUAUCCUUUUAUCCUUUUUAACUUCAACAAUCAUCACUCUGUCUCUCUGCUAUGGAGGGAAGUCCUCGUAAAAUUCAGUUCACAGUUCCACUGCUGGACUCUCACCUGGACCCUGAAGCUGCUGAGCAUAUCAGGAGGAGACGUCCGACUCCUGCCACAUUGGUUGCAUCCAGUGAUCCAUCAUCUCCCGAAAUAGAUGAAGAUCGUUUCCCACACCAGCUGUAUAAGCAGGCCUUGCUGAAUUCACCCCGGCAGAGACGGAGAGGUGUGAAGGGAACUCCAACCAUGAAGGAGCUGCAGUUCCUAGUAGAACAUCAUGUGUGUCAGCUGCAGUCAGCAUCUGCAGCAGACGAGUCAUCAGAGAGUUGUGUUUCGGAUGUGGGCGGAGACGAGGACACAGCAGAGCAUGAUGGGAGUUUGAACUCCACAGAUACAGCACAGGAGUUUGAGAAGCUGUGCUGUCAAAUGGAGGCGUUUUCAAGAGAGAGUUUAUCAGAUGCUGCAGAAAUUGAAGCCUGUUAUUCUCGGGACAAAUGUAACGCUCAGACGCCAACACAACACAACCAAACAGGUCCAUCCUUGUCUGCAGCAGAAACAGAUCAGAUGAAGGAAAUAAAACACUGAUGAUGAUGAUGAUGAUGAUGAUGAUGGUGAUGAUGAUGAUGAUGUAGGAUAAACAGAUGGAAUCCUAUUAAAGACAAUCUGCAC